UGCAAGAGCUUUCUCCGCAGAUAUAUAUUCCCCUUCCAACCAAAUGCAUAUUGGGUUUUCGCCGGCUAUGUGGAACCAACCUCAUCACUAUCACUGCACCCCAGAGAGUUAUAAAGAUAUAUAAACUGGUUCAUCUCUGUUCCAAGACUUCUUCAGAUCCAGAAUUGAAGCCAACAGGCUCUGACUUUUAGUUAACCAGUUUUGGUGAACAGGCGCAAACGUAGAGAAAGAUCCUGUGCUACUUGAAAUCCCUGCAGGUAUGGAAUAGCUGAAUGAGGAUAGAAUUUUGAGGUGUGUAUGGCAAAGACUUGGAAGUUCGUACAAGUCAAUUGGCAAAAAGUUUAAAGAAACAUCAACAACACAAACACAGGAGUUUCAGAUGGCUUCGAUUCAAAUCGGAAUCCCUAAUGUAGAAAUGACAGCAGUGGCAGCACAAGCACAUGUGGUUCAGAAUGCUUCUCAAUCUCCACGUCCUUCCCUUCACCUAAUACAAGACAGAAGGGAGUACUUAGAGAAAUGUGUACCCAUUUACAAGCUAGCACUGAGGGGUGACUGGAAAGAAGCGAAGCGCAUGAUUGAUGCAGACAAAAGGUUGCUAAACGCUGCUAUAACUAAGGAAAUGAAGACACUACUUCAUGUCGUGGCUGGAACAAACCAUGUCGCCUUUGUGGAAGAGUUGGUGGAAUUAUUGGACCCAAAAGACCUUGAACUGCAAGAUUCCAAUGGAAACACAGCAUUUUGCUUUGUUGCUGCCUCUGGAAACCUUCGAAUUGCUGAUAUAAUGAUUCAGAAAAAUGAAAGCUUACCAAAAAUCAGGGGUGGAGAAGAAGUGACUCCUCUUUAUAUGGCUGCAUUACAGGGAAGAAGUGACAUGACAAGGCAUCUCUAUGCCCUCACUAUGAACACUUCUGAAGGAGAGGAUUGGGACUUACUCUUCUUUCGUUGUAUCCACAAUGGCUUAUAUGCAAUUUUGCAAAAUUUUGCAGAUAUAGCUUUGGAAAUGUUACAAAAACACCCAAAGCUGGCAUUUGACCGGAAUGAGCACAAAGAGACAGCCUUGCAUGUCUUGGCCCGAAAGUCUCAUGGUUUUAGUUGUCGAUGUCAUUGGUAUCUUCAAAACCCGGUCAUCAAUUCUAAAAUGAAGCCAACUCCCUUCCUUGAACUUGUUGAGCGUCUUUGGAGCAUGCUUCUGAAUGAAGAUCACACUGAAACAGAGAUGAGGAUAUUCAUAAGUAAACCAUCACAAAUAAUAUUUGAUGCUACAGAAAUUGGAAAUUUUCACUUUGUAGCCGCGCUUAUGAGGUCUUACCCUGAUUUAAUAUGGGAAGUGGAUGGUAAAAACAGAAGCAUAAUUCACAUGGCUGUUCUGCAUCGCCAUUCAAGCAUCUUCAGUCUAAUACAUGAACUAAGAUCCUUCACAGAUUUCAUAGCAACUUUUCAGGAUGAUGAAGGAAACAAUAUAUUGCAUUAUGCUGCUAAAUUGACACCUCCAAAUCAGCUUAGCAUAAUUUCAGGAGAAGCUCUUCAAAUGACACAUGAUUUGCUAUGGUUCGAGGAGGUGAAGAAAAUGAUGCUACUAUCAGAUAUAGAGAAGAAAAAUUCCAAUGGAAAAACUCCGGGUGAACUAUUUGCUGAGGAGCAUAAAGAAUUAUUGACAAAGGCAGAGUCUUGGACAAAGAACACAGCUAAGUGUUGUAUCCUUGUUUCAACCCUCAUAACCACUGGAGUGUUCACUGCUACAUUUAUGAUACCUGGUGGCAACAAUAAAAAUACAGGAACUCCUAAUUAUUUGAAUAAACCUGCAUUCUUGAUAUUUGCAGUGGCAGAUGCAAUUGCGCUAAUAUUUUCUUCAGCCUCCAUACUAAUUUUCUUGUCUAUCCUCAUGUCAAGUUAUGCAGAGGAGUGUUUCAAGUCAUUGCCCUUCAAAUUGCUAUUUGGAUUGGUAGCACAAAUCAUCUCCAUCACAAGCAUGAUGGUAGCAUUUAGUGUUGCCUUUUUCAUAGCUUAUUCCCAUGGUUUAACGUGGGUUCCAAAUUUUAUUUCUGUACUUUCUUUUCUGCCAAUACCCUUGUUCCAUUUUCUUCUAUUUCCACUUUGGUCAGAUAUUAUCCACUCAUCUUACUUUUGUAUGUCUCUAUUUUGGCCAAGAAAAUAAAUGCUUCACUGGAGGCCUU